AUGCUUAAUAAUAUUUUAAUUUUAUCUACUAUUUUAAUACAUUACUUAUCAUUAAGUAAUGCUAUUUUUACUAAUGAUGAUAAUAUAAUAAGAUCUAGAAGAACAUCCAAUAAAACUAAUAUUUUAUAUCCAAAAGUUAUACCUUAUAGAAUUAAUGUUGGUUUUGAAUCUAAAACAAUCCGAAAUGUUUUUAGUUAUCUUCAAAAACAAACAUGUCUUAAAUUUGUUGAAAAAAAUGCAGAUUCAUUAUCAUUAAUCUUUAAAUUAGGACAAGAAGAUCGUGUAAGUAAUAUUGGAGCAAAUCCAAAUGCACCUACAACUAUUCAAAUGAAAUAUAAUUGUACACAAAAUGAAGGUUGUGUUAAACAUUUAUUAGGACUUGCUUUAGGAUUAUAUCUUGAAAUUACUCGUCAUGACAGAGAUAAUUAUAUUGAAGUUUUUUGGGGAAAUAUUACAGAAAGUGAAAAACAUUGGAUUAAAAAAGUUGAAUGGAAAGAUUCAUGGGUUCGUAAUACUGGAUUUGAUUAUGGUUCAAUUAUGGCAUCACCAAUAAAAUGGAAAAGUAAAAAUGGUAAAGCUAUUUUUAAAUCAAAAUUGUCAAAAUAUUAUGACUUUAUGGUUGGACAAAGAUAUGAAUAUGCUUUUAAUGAUAUUAAACAUAUUAAUGAUCUUUAUUGUGGAAAUACAUGUAAACGUAAAGUAAAAGGUUGUACAAAUGGUGGUUAUCCAGAUCCUAAAAAAUGUAAACAUUGUAGAUGUCCAGAGGGUUUUGCAGGAAAACAAUGUACAACUAUUAGAAGAAAUAAACCUAUUUGUGGUAAAAGAAUGCUUAGAGCAACAAGAGAAAUGCGUGAACUUAUAAUAGAAGGAAUUAAAGAUUGUUUCUUUUAUAUAAAAUCAGAUAGACAUAAAAAAAUUAGAAUUAUUGUAGCUGAAAUAAAUACACCAGUACAAAGACCAUGUUUUAAAAAUAUGGGUCUAGAAAUUAAAUAUCGUCAUAAUAAGGGUGCUACUGGACUUUGUUUAUGUGGUCAUUAUAGAAAAUAUUCUCUUAAUCCUUUCAAUAGUAGAGUUUUAGUUCAUUAUACAGGUCAAACAGAAAAUGAUAAAUUACAUUUAAAAUAUAUUGUAUCAUAG